AUGUCAUGGAGGACGGCAACAGCAACUGAGCUAUAUCGAGAAAUGAAAAUGCGAAAAAUUGACCUGAGCGGUGGUCAAACUCAAGGUCGGUUCUUUAGCCAUAUUUGUAUUGAAAGUACCAGUUAUCAGUCUGAAGAAGGAACGGCUUUUCCCUUCAUCGAACUUCACACUAUUGCAUCAGCAUUGUUUCGGCUUAAGAAUGUUUAUAACUGUGAUAAAAGGUUUCUAGUUUAA